GAGUUUUAAUACCUUCCUACUCUUCUGUUUUCUCAAAAACAAACAAAAAAACACAUAUUUUGUUUAAUAAAAAGAAAAUAUCUUUAUUAUUUAAUUGAUUAACGUCAGCUUGUUUAUUUAAACGGAUGGAGACGGACAGGUCGAAGAUAUGUGGCUGCAAAGGUAUAAGAACGUGCCUGAAAUGCGAAUGCCUGUUCGACAUAUCUUCAAAAGCGAUCUGCUCCCCUGACAAAGAGAAUUCCAACCCUUACUUUUACUGUCACGAGUGCCGGAUGUGCUGGCCGGGCUGGGAAGGUCAGGACCACUCCGAUCACCGAGGAGAACCGAUCACCCUGAAUGGGAUUUUUCUACUGGCCGAUUUCCUCAGCCCUGAAGAAGAAGAAGAGCUCUUGAAGAACAUGGACAGCCUGCCGUGGGAGGUCUCACAAAGUGGAAGAAGGAAACAGAACUUUGGUCCGAAAUGUAAUUUCAAAAAGAGAAAACUCCGAAUAGGCAAUUUCUGCGGUUUUCCCAAAGUGACCGAAUUCGUACAGGAGAAGUUCAAAAGCGUUGGCAUACUCAAAGACUUUAAGACUGUCGAGCAAUGUUCUCUCGAAUAUGACCCAUUGCGGGGUGCUUCGAUCGACCCGCACAUCGAUGACUGUUGGAUCUGGGGAGAAAGAGUAGUGACUGUCAACCUCCUGUCAGACACAGUUUUAACGCUAAUCAAGUACAGAGGCGAUCCAAAUCGGUACAACUUGCCGUAUGCCCCACCAUUCUCAAAAACAGAUCUAAGCAUGGACAACGUGUUGAUAAGGAUACCUAUGAUUAGACGAUCCCUUUUUGUAAUGACAGGGGAAGCGAGAUACGACUGGGAGCAUCAGAUAUACCGUGAAGAUGUGGCUACAAGAAGAGUGUGUCUUGCUUACAGGGAAUUUACACUGCCUUAUCUAAAAGGAGGACAGCAUGAAAAUGAGGGAAGUCCUAUAUUAAAAGCAGCCUUAGAAUUUUGGACUUAAUUUUAAAAUAUGUACAAUUGAUUUUGUAAAUAUUGUAUAUUAAAUAUUUUAUGGUGUUUAAACUAA